UGGAAGGAAACUUCACCAAACAAUUUAGUAAUAUUCGUCAAAAAAAUUUGAAUAGAAAGGGAAAAAGAAGGGGGAAGCAACAGCCAACAGCCCAAUUUCCGCAUCAGUGCAACAGCGAGCUCUUCUCUUAGCGGGAGACCAUGUCGGUUUGCUCUUCUUCUUCUUCGUCAUCAUCCGGUUACCUCGGCAGUGCCAAGGCCUGGAUUGUUCAUGGUAUCGUCGCUGGAAUCGCCAUUGGUGCCGCCUUCGGAGCUCGAUCUUAUUUGGGUCGAUCCAAGAAAUUCCGUAGCCGCGUUGUUGGAAUCAUUCCCGCCCGCUUUGCCUCUUCUCGGUUCGAGGGGAAGCCUCUCGUUGAGAUUCUUGGAAAGCCCAUGAUCCAGAGAACGUGGGAAAGGGCGAAAAUGGCUACUACAUUGGAUUGUGUUGUUGUAGCGACUGAUGAUGCUAGGAUUGCACAAUGCUGUAAAGGAUUUGGUGCUGAUGUUGUAAUGACAUCAGAGUCUUGCCGGAAUGGGACUGAGCGCUGUAAUGAAGCACUUCAGAAGCUUGAAAAGAAAUAUGACAUUGUUGUUAAUAUUCAGGGGGAUGAGCCCCUUAUUGAACCAGAGAUCAUCGACGGCAUUGUUAAAGCUUUGCAGGCUGCCCCGGAUGCAGUGUUCAGCACUGCCGUGACAUCCUUAAAACCCGAAGAUGCAUUCGAUCCCAAUCGGGUGAAGUGCGUAGUGGAUAGUCGUGGUUAUGCUAUCUAUUUUUCAAGAGGAUUGAUCCCUUUCAACAAGUCAGGAAAGGUCAACCUUCAAUAUCCUUAUUUGCUUCAUCUUGGAAUCCAGAGCUUUGAUUCGAAAUUUUUAAGUAUGUAUCCUGAACUCGAGUCAACACCAUUGCAACUAGAAGAGGAUCUAGAACAGCUAAAAGUAUUAGAACAUGGCUACAAAAUGAAGGUUAUUAAGGUUGAGCAUGAGGCUCAUGGUGUUGAUGUUCCUGAAGAUGUGGACAAAAUUGAAUCUUUUAUGAAGGAAAGGAACCUAGCUUAACUAAGAUCAACAGAACAAAACUACUUGUGUUUGAUAACAAUUUCAUUUUAAUAUUUAUAGUAUUCAUACGGGCUUGAAAAGAUUUGUUGUUAUUUGGUCGAGUUGUCAUAGAUAUUUCUUCUUUGUUUUUCUUUCUUUUUUUAUAUAUAUUUGUGACAUUUAUUUAUUUUUAAACUUAGUUUGAUAUGUCAUCAUUCGUACAUAAAGCAUGAUUACUAAA